UCAUAAACGUUCCGCAUGAAACUUAAUGUUGUCUCGUAUUGGAGCGAAUACAGAAUAGAUUCACGAAAUAUUUGUACUUGCGAUUGUAUGGGGUAUAUCCAUUUUAUCCUUUGAUCUAUCCUACCUUAUUUGUUAAAAGUAUGGUGGGAUAUGACGAAUUAAGAGUGCAAUGGGAAGUAGCCUUGUAUUUGUUUAAUGUAAUUAGAGGAAAAAUUAUAAACAUGCGAAUAUUGGGUAUGAUAGAGUUUAGUGUCCCAGACAGAUACGUUGAGCGGCGGUGUCGACCGUGUCUGCUGACUCCGCUGGCGAGUGCACUGAGCACCCCCAAACAUAUAGCCGAGAAAAUCGACCUUUUCUCAUGUUCGGUGAGUGAAUUCAUAAAAAUAACAUAUGAUACGUGUUAUUAUUUAUUAUUUAAAAAAAACAGUUACUCUAUUGUAUUGGGUAGCACCUGUAAAAAUAGAUGUAAAAAUGGUCACUAAAUAAAUGAAUAAAAUUCAUAUAGCAUAAUCUCGUUCAGCAAGUCAUGUAAUUCAAAUAACGGUAAAUACCCAAAACUGCGAUGCGUCGUCAAAUUGCACACAACGCAUCGGAAAAACUUUCGAAAUGUGUGAUACAUUUGUAUGAGAUUUAUUGAUUCAGUUUGCUUUCAGGCAAAAUGUGUGAGCAAUACGUGUGAAUAUAUUAUUUAAUCAUAAAAAAUGAGUUUUUUAAAAGCAACCAAG